GGGGAUGUGUGGGACUGGCUGGUUUGUGGGCUGGACACACUGCUGGCAGCUGCACCUUUACCAGGCUGGCUCAGGCUCUCCUCCUGCAGCUCGUUCCUCAUUCUAGGACCCCAGAUCUAGGGCACACUCAUUGCUGCUGGGCGUCCUGGUGCUGGUGGCUGAGCUGUAUCUGUUGUUUUCCGUUUGCUCAUUCUUGGUCUGUCUUGUGAGCAGAAGUAUUGGGUGUCCUUGGGCUUGGCCCAUUUGGGGGCUCCAGCUGGAUCUGCGGCCCCCUGGUGUGCUCCUGCAACCUUUGGUUUGGCUCCCACUCUGGUAGGCAUCUCUGCAUCAUAUGGAGCAGGUAGCAUGGUGUGGCUGUGCCCAUUUCCCUGAGGGCUUGGCUGCAGGGGUCUGUGCUCACUGAGGGAUAUGUGUCUGCCAUCUGCUGCCCCCAGGCCUGUAAUUAAGGAAAGACUACCCCUGUUUUUGUGACCUGAUCAAGCCUGCCCCAUACACACACCAAGCAGCUGUCUGUACCUAUAGCCUGAUCAUCCACAUCCUAUAUUUUCUUACGCCAUUGAAGAUGCUGAUCUGAAGUCUGUAUUGUCCUGAGGAUCUGUGUUCUUUGUGCCCAGGCCUGUGUCUUCGAGAGGGUUAUCCCCUGGGGCUAGAUCUGUAUACCUUUGGGUGGUUACCUGGUGGGGGAAUCUUGUACUUGUGGGCCCAAGCCUUGAGCACCUUUCUAUCUACUGGGACAGUUUUGGCACUGAGUGAGGGGGCUCCCAGUCAAGAGGUUGGAAGGGGUGGUGAGAAUCUUGGAGUGGGUAGUACUGGCAAAAAACAGCCACUCUGGCUUUUCCCAACUCCCCUGUGUGAAUGUGGGGUGUGUGUGGUGCGAUGGCUAAAACUGUGGGAGAAGGGACCAGCAGGAAGCUGGGGCUUCUAGGCCUGGCCUCAGGGAGUGUGGAGGUACUGCCUGUCUGCUACCUCUGGUGAACCCCAGCAGCCCUGGUCAGUGGCCUGGCAGGCAGGGGGAAUAGCAUUGGCUGUUAGAACCUGUCCUGGUCACUCCAGCAUUUCUGAGGGGGCUCUGGGCCACUCUGUUAGGAGAGGGAGUUGAGGCUUGGGGCCUUUGACUCAGCUCCUACUGAUCUGAUACAGAUCCAUCCUGGAAGUCUGUGGCUGGCCUCCCCCAGAGGGGCUGAGAAGUGGGACAGAGUCAUGCAGAAUCAGGGUUCUUGGGCAAGUGAGGACCGAGGCUCUGUCUGACACUCUGCGGGGUGGGGCAGUUACCCAUUUUUCCUUCCUCUUCUGGCUCUGCCCUCUUCCAAAUAAGAGAGAGUAUCACCCAUCUAUCUCUGGCCCUGCUGAGUUCCAAUCUCGUGGCUGCCCUUCCUGCUCAGUUGCCUGUGCUGGGCGUGAGAACCUCUCACCUGCCCUGAGGCCCGGGGUGGGCUGGGGGCCCCUCCGCUGCAGUCGGCCCGGUCCCUGCCAGGCCCUGCCCCCUGCCUCAAGCACUUCCCGCUCGACCUACGCACGUCUAUGGAUGGCAAAUGCAAAGAGAUCGCCGAGGAGCUGUUCAGCCGCUCCCUGGCUGAGAGCGAGCUCCGCAGUGCCCCUUACGAGUUCCCCGAGGAGAGCCCUAUUGAGCAGCUGGAGGAGCGGAGGCAGCGCCUGGAGCGGCAGAUCAGCCAGGAUGUCAAGCUGGAGCCGGACAUCCUACUUCGGGCCAAGCAAGAUUUCCUGAAGACAGACAGUGACUCAGACCUCCAGCUCUACAAGGAGCAGGGUGAUGGCCAGGGUGACUGGGGCCUGCGGGAGCGUGACAUGGUUCUGGAACGGGAAUUUCAGCGGGUCACCAUCUCUGGAGAGGAGAAGUGUGGGGUGCCAUUCACAGACCUGCUGGACGCAGCCAAGAGUGUGGUGCGGGCACUCUUUAUCCGGGAGAAGUACAUGGCCCUGUCACUGCAGAGCUUCUGCCCCACCACCCGCCGGUACCUGCAGCAGCUGGCUGAGAAGCCUCUGGAGACACGGAACUAUGAGCAGGGCCCUGACACCCCUGUUUCUGCCGAUGCCCCGGUGCACCCCCCUGCGCUGGAGCAGCACCCGUAUGAGCACUGUGAGCCAAGCACCAUGCCUGCGGACCUGGGCUUGGGUCUGCGCAUGGUGCAGGGCGUGGUGCACGUCUACACCCGCAGGGAAGCUGACACACAUUGCUCAGAGGUGGAGCUGCCAUACCCCAACCUGCAGGAAUUUGUGGCUGAUGUCAAUGUGCUGAUGGCCCUGAUUAUCAAUGGCCCCAUAAAGUCUUUCUGCUACCGCCGGCUACAGUAUCUGAGCUCCAAGUUCCAGAUGCAUGUGCUGCUCAAUGAGAUGAAGGAGCUGGCUGCCCAGAAGAAGGUGCCACACCGAGAUUUCUAUAACAUCCGCAAGGUGGACACACACAUCCACGCCUCGUCCUGCAUGAACCAAAAACAUCUGCUGCGCUUCAUCAAACGGGCAAUGAAGCGGCACCUGGAGGAGAUCGUGCACGUAGAGCAGGGCCGGGAGCAGACGCUGCGGGAGGUCUUUGAGAGCAUGAAUCUCACUGCCUAUGACCUGAGUGUGGACACGCUCGACGUGCACGCGGACAGGAACACCUUCCAUCGCUUUGACAAGUUCAAUGCCAAAUACAACCCUAUUGGGGAGUCUGUCCUCCGAGAGAUCUUCAUUAAGACCGACAACAGAGUUUCUGGGAAGUAUUUCGCUCACAUCAUCAAGGAGGUGAUGUCGGACCUGGAGGAGAGCAAGUACCAGAACGCAGAGCUGCGGCUCUCCAUCUAUGGACGCUCAAGGGAUGAGUGGGACAAGCUUGCCCGCUGGGCCGUGAUGCACCGUGUACACUCUCCCAAUGUGCGCUGGCUCGUGCAGGUGCCCCGCCUCUUUGAUGUGUACCGUACCAAGGGCCAGCUAGCCAACUUCCAGGAGAUGCUGAAGAACAUCUUCCUGCCACUGUUUGAGGCCACCGUGCACCCUGCCAGCCACCCAGAGCUGCACCUCUUCUUACAGCACGUGGAUGGCUUUGAUAGCGUGGAUGAUGAGUCCAAGCCUGAGAACCACGUCUUCAACCUGGAGAGUCCCCUCCCUGAGGCUUGGGUGGAGGAGGACAACCCGCCCUAUGCCUACUACCUAUACUACACCUUUGCCAACAUGGCCAUGCUGAACCACCUGCGCAGGCAGAGGGGCUUCCACACAUUUGUGCUGAGGCCACACUGUGGAGAGGCUGGGCCCAUCCACCACCUGGUGUCCGCCUUCAUGCUGGCUGAGAAUAUCUCUCAUGGGCUGCUUCUGCGCAAGGUCAGGGCCCCGGUCCUGCAGUACCUGUAUUACCUGGCCCAAAUUGGCAUCGCCAUGUCCCCACUCAGCAACAACAGCCUCUUCCUCAGCUACCACCGGAACCCGCUACCCGAGUACCUGUCCCGUGGCCUCAUGGUUUCGCUGUCCACUGAUGAUCCGUUGCAGUUCCACUUCACCAAGGAGCCACUGAUGGAGGAGUACAGCAUCGCCACCCAGGUGUGGAAGCUCAGCUCCUGUGAUAUGUGUGAGCUGGCACGCAACAGUGUGCUCAUGAGCGGCUUCUCCCACAAGGUGAAGAGUCACUGGCUGGGACCCAACUAUACCAAGGAGGGUCCCGAGGGCAACGACAUCCGCCGCACCAACGUGCCAGACAUCCGUGUGGGCUACCGCUACGAGACUCUGUGCCAGGAGCUGGCGCUCAUCACUCAGGCUGUGCAGAGUGAGAUGCUGGAGACCAUCCCAGAGGAGGUGGGCAUCAUCACAAGCCCUGGGCCUCAGUGAGCCUGGCCCGUGACAUGCACCCCGCAUCUCAGCACCUUGGCCACGUUUUGUUCUCAGAGCCCCCACCUUGUGGUCUCUGCAUGUGUCAUUCUUUGUUCUGUCCUGCAUGUCUCUGACCUGUACCUGUCCCUGGCACCCCAGGGAAAGUGGUGCCCAGGAUCUGCUUUGCCCUAGUCUUGGCUCAGGUGUACUUGAUGGCUCAGGUUUCAAGGCUGCCCUGCUGGUGGCCCUGCCCCAGGAUCCUCUGAAGCCUGGCUGUCUUACGGGCCUCUAAAUGUCCACAUGGGCUAGGGAUGGUUGUGGGGGGCUGGCCCCUCUAGGCCUUGGGGUUCUUCUUGGGCAAAUCCGAGCUUUGGCCAAGGCUUGAGUUUAGACCCCUGUUUUAUUUAUGUGGCUGAGGGGCAGUCAGGCGGGGCCUGGACACAUCUUCUGUGGGCACGGAGGUGGGCACAGGGGGGACACAUCUGCUGGGGGUCUGUGGAGCUCUAGCAGCUCUGUGGUGGGUGCAGCUGGGCUGAGAGCUCAGCUGCAGCCCUGGCUGCCUUGGAGGUGCUGGACCAUGCCUCUGCCAAGUCACUGCCAGUAGGCCUCUGUCCUUCCUCCUCUGCUCCUCUGGUGUCAACUUCCUGUGCCUCUGUGGGAGGGGGCAGCUGCCCCAUCCUGUGUCUGGGGCCACUGCAGCCGGAGGGUCCUGGAUCUGCCACCAGUCCCAGGGAUGGUACCUGCACUAUGGUUCCUGGAGUUCUGACCAGGCCUGGAUCCUGGCUGGUCCCCUGUGUUGUGUUCUGGCCCGAGGCCUUUGCUGUGAAAUGCAGUGUUUCAUACAAUCCUGUCUUUCCUGGUGCAUGUGGAAUAAAGAUUAUUUAAGUAA